UACUCGAUCGUGCCCAGUAAGAACGCACGGCGUGGCUCGGUUUAAAUAUCAACACACGUACGUGCGCCGGUGCGGGUACGUGGUGGAAUUUUUUUAUCAGUUCGUUAAUAAGGAGAGAAUCAGGGAUCGAUCCGUGGAUCCUGAUGACGCUUACGAGGCAGGAAGCGGAGGAGAGCAAGGAGAUGGAGAGCCUCCGGGUGCACGCCGACGACGCGCUGCUCUCGCUGUCGUCGCCUGCGCCGUCGACGAACGCGAGCAGCAGGAGAGCGAUGGCGACCGAGGGCGUGUUCGAGUGCAAGACGUGCAGCAGGCGGUUCCCGUCGUUCCAGGCGCUCGGCGGGCACCGCACCAGCCACACGCGGUUGCAGGCGCGGAUGCUCAGCGACCCGGCGGGCGCCUCGGGCGCGGCCGAGAGGGACAGCAGGGCGCGGGUGCACGAGUGCGCCGUGUGCGGGCUCGAGUUCUCCAUGGGCCAGGCGCUCGGAGGCCACAUGCGCCGGCACAGGGGCGAGGCUCCGCCAGCCGUGACCGAUGGCCCGGCGCAGCCGGAGCAGGCCAUGCUGGACCUCAACUUCCCUCCGUUGGAGGACGGCGAUGGCGGCGAUGGCCAAGAACCCUCGGGGGAUCACAGUAGCUCGGAGCCUCAGCUGCUCAACCUGCUUGUAUAGCUACAUGUUCAUGGUGAUUCGGUGUUGUACAUGGUGUUUGGAUUCUUGACCAAAAUUUUGGAAUUUGAUCAUGACAUGUAAUUCCUCGUUAACUGUAGUUCAUAGGUCGAUUGCAAUUUAUAUGUUGUAAGUAAAAAGUGUCAAUAUAUUAUCUGACAGCUUGUUGCGUCAA